GAAGGAGAGAUCAUGGCGGCGGAGCCGAGCAAGACGGAGAUCCAGACCCUCUUCAAGCGCCUUCGGGCAGCGCCGGCUAACAAGUCGUGCUUCGACUGCGGCGCCAAGAACCCGAGCUGGGCCAGUAUCACCUACGGGGUCUUCCUGUGCAUCGACUGCUCCGGCGUCCACAGGUCCCUGGGCGUACACCUCAGCUUCAUCAGGUCCACAGAGUUGGAUUCUAACUGGAACUGGUUCCAGCUGAGGUGUAUGCAAGUGGGCAGUAAUGCCAACGCGACUGCUUUCUUCCGCCAGCACGGCUGUACCACUACAGAUGCCAAUGCUAAAUACAACAGUCGAGCUGCCCAGAUGUACAGGGAGAAGAUCCGGCAGCUGGCAAGUGCUGCCAUGGCCAAGUACGGCACUGAGCUGCUCAUAGAUGGACUGAGUGGAGCCCCUGGGCACUCCCCUGAGAAGAGUGAUGCUGAUUUCUUCAUGGAGCACACACAGUCUUCCAGUACCUGGGAUGUAGCAGAUGCUAGCCAGAAUCCUGCACAGUCUUCUCCAGAGAUGGAAACAGCAGCAAAGUCACCAGAAGGCAGUGAAGUUUCAAAUCCCAGCCAAGGUCCAUCUAUUGACUUGUUGAGCACAUCUCCUAAGGCUCCUCUAGACAUGUCCGUGUAUCUGUCAACACAAGGGGCCGCUCCUGCUGGAGAACUUAAAUCCUCCCUCAUUGGAAAGAAGAAGCCGGGAGCUGCCAAGAAAGGGCUGGGUGCAAAAAAAGGUCUUGGAGCCCAGAAAGUCAGCAGCCAGAGCUUCAGUGAGAUUGAGCGGCAAGCCCAGGUGGCAGAACAGCUGAGGGAGCAGCAGGCAGUGGAGUCCAGGAAACAAGCCGAGGAGUCGAUAGUCACCUCAAUGCGACUGGCUUAUCAGGAACUGCAGAUUGAUCGGAAGAAGGAAGAGAAGAAACUCCAGAACCUCGAAGGGAAGAAACGUGAACAAGCAGAGAGGCUGGGCAUGGGAUUGGUAUCCAGAAGUUCUGUUUCACACUCGGUGAUGUCUGAGAUGCAAGUAAUUGAACAAGAGACGCCGCUGGUAGCAAAAUCUUCCCGCUCCCAAUUGGACUUGUUUGAAGAUGGUGGUAGCUUCACAUCCGGACCCCCCAAGUACAAAUACAGUCCCUUCUCAUUCGAAGAUGCAUUUGGCUCACGAUGGGAAACGGACUCUUCAUGGGGUAUGGACAAAGAGGAGGAACCAGAGGUGACCGUUUCCAGCAUUCGGCCAGUCUCAGAGAGACCCACCAGUAGGCGGGAGAUUGAGAACAGGCCAUCCAUGGUGGAAUCCAAUGAAGCUCGGCAGAAGUUUGCUGGGGCUAAAGCUAUCUCUUCAGAUAUGUUUUUCGGGCGGGAGGCAGAUGCUGAGUAUGAAGCCAGAUCCCGACUGCAGCAGCUCUCAGGCAGCAGUGCCAUCAGCUCCGCAGACCUGUUUGGAGAGGCUGACAAUGUGCACUCAGGUGGUGUGUCUAUUGGAAAUGUCCUGCCUGCAGCUGACAUUGCACAAUUCAAGCAAGGAGUGAAAUCAGUUGCUGGCAAGAUGGCUGUCCUGGCCAAUGGGGUGAUGAACUCCCUUCAGGAUCGUUACGGUUCAUAUUGAUGACCCAGGGACUGCAAGGGGAAGCCAGCAAGAGGCACUGAUGCCACCUUUGCCUGGAGUAAACUCCACAGGAUUGUCUUAUUUGUCUGGGUUGGGUGGGGAGGGGAGAAGGUAAGCGGAGGGGGUCAGGACAUGGCUGUGCCCAGGAUGCUUUCUAAUAUCUCUGGAUUCCACUCUAUUAAAAUUCAAUGUGCCCUCAUACCCACUGCUAUCUACUAGCCAGUGGAGACAGGCCUUCUUACAGGGUUAACGUCAUUGCUGUAAAAGAUAUGACACGAACUCCUGGGCUGCCCUCAUCAGUGCUCCUGUCCUUCUUUGGCCCAUACCUUAGCUCACCAAGUGACAGAGAAAAGGGGAAUGCUAUUUUUCUGAACAUCAUAUGACAUGACUGUUUUUUGUUCUGAUCACUGCUCCCAAUCCAUGGUGCUGUGGAGUCCACUGUAUUUGCAGGGUUUGCCUUUUGCUGUGAUCUAGUCCUUUUUACUGUCUUCUAAACCAACAUAUAUGAAUGUGGGGAAAAAAAAUCAAAUCAAAGAAUAUUUUUUUAGCUUCUAACUACAUCAUCAGCAAAAAAGGCCCAGGUAAAGAAGUAAAGAAAUUCACUGGA